CAGACUGGUUUCACUUUUGAUGAAAGUGAAAGCCAAACAGUUGUUGUUGCUGAGAGGUGAAAUGGCGCAAAAAGCAGUUCAGCUGGACCACGAAACCUUCUGUUGUUCGAUCUGUCUGGAUCUACUGAAGGAUCCGGUGACGACUUCCUGUGGACACAACUACUGCAUGAACUGUAUUAAAACCCACUGGGAUGAAGAGGAUGAGAGGAGAAUCCACAGCUGCCCUGAGUGUAGGAAGACCUUCACACCGAGGCCUGUCCUGAUGAAAAACACCAUGUUAGCAGAUUUAGUGGAGCAGCUGAAGAAGACUGGACUCCAAGCUGCUCCUGCUGAUUCCUGCUAUGCUGGACCUGAAGAUGUGGCCUGUGAUGUCUGCACUGGGAAAAAACUGAAAGCCCUCAAGUCCUGUCUGGUCUGUCUGGUCUCUUACUGUGAGAAACACCUCCAGUCUCACUAUGAUGUGGCUCAGCUAACGAAACACAAGCUGGUGGAGCCCACUGAGAAGCUCCAGGAGAACAUGUGCUCUCGUCAUAAUGAGGUGAUGAAGAUGUUCUGCCGUACUGAUCAGCAGUGUAUCUGUUAUCUCUGCGCUGUGGAUGAACAUAAAGGCCACGACACAGUGUCAGCUGCAGCAGAAAGGACUGAGAGGCAGAGAGAAGUCGAGGUGAGUCUACAAAACAUCCAGCAGAGAAUCCAGGACAGACAGAAAGACCUGAAGGUGCUUCAACAGGAGGUGGAGGCCAUCAGUCGCUCUGCUGAUAAAGCAGUGGAGGACAGUGAGAAGAUCUUCACUCAGCUGAUCCGUCUCAUGGAGAAAAGAAGCUCUGAUGUGAAGCAGCAGCUCAGAUCCCAGCAGCAAACUGAAGUGAGUCGAGUCUUGGAGCUUCAGGAGAAGCUGGAGCAGGAGAUCACUGAGCUGAAGAGGAAAGACGCUGAGCUGAAGAAGCUCUCACACACAGAGGAUCACACCCAGUUUCUACACAACUACCCCUCACUGUCAGCACUCAGUGAGUCCACACACUCAUCCAGCAUCAACAUCCGUCCUCUGAGAUACUUUGAGGAUGUGACGGCUGCUGUGUCAGAGCUCAGAGACAAACUACAGGACGUCCUGAGGGACACAUGGACAAACGUCUCAGAGGCUGAAGUGGAUGUUUUACUGCCACAACCAGAGCCCAAGACCAGAGCUGACUUCUUAAAAUAUUCAUGUGAAAUCACACUGGAUCCAAACACAGCAAACACACAGCUGUUAUUAUCUGAGGGGAACAGAAAAGCAACAGUAAUGAAGCAACAUCAGUCUUAUCCUGAUCACCCAGACAGAUUCACUGAUUUGUGGCAGAUCCUGAGCAGAGAGAGUCUGACUGGACGUUGUUACUGGGAGGUGGAGCGGAGAGGAGAUGGAGUUCGUGUAGCAGUCACAUACAAGAAUAUCAGCAGAUCAGGGGGGUUGAAUGAAUGUGGAUUUGGGUUCAAUAACAUAUCUUGGGCAUUAGAUUGUUACAAAAACAGGUAUAAUUUUUGGCACAACAAGGUCCAAACUGCUGUCUCAGGUCCUCCGUCCUCCAGAGUAGGAGUGUACCUGGAUCACAGUGCAGGUAUUCUGUCCUUCUACAGCAUCUCUGAAACCAUGACUCUCCUCCACAGAGUCCAGACCACAUUCACUCAGCCUCUCUAUGCUGGACUUAGACUUUAUGGUUAUGGAUCCACUGCUGAGUUCUGUAAGCUGAAAUAGACAAAAGUCAUUUUAUGGGCUGUGGGUUAUGUUCUGUGUUAUGAUUUUAAUAUUCAGAUCUAUAAAAUAUUCAGAAUAAUAGUAAAAUAUAAAAUUAACCAAUUAUUCAGAUAUUACAUUGUAAUCUUCUGUUCUCUCUCCCUGUUUUUAAUUUGGAUGUUUUAUUUCUCGCUCUUUUCUAAACUAAACUUUCCAAUCUUUCUAAACUGUGCUGCAAACAUGAUUGAUUUAGAUGUGAUUUUUUCAUUUGUAAAAUCUUCUUACUAUUUUUCUGACCCUCUUCAAUCGAUUUUAAUGUGGAUCAAUGCAGGUGAUGUUGCUCUUGGCCAUGUGGUCAAGUUAUUUUACUUUUUUAUUUCACGUUUUGUUUCAACUCCUCCUUAAAGUUUUUAGUUUUCCUUGAAGAAGUGAAAUGCUGCUGAAAUCCUUCAGUUUAAUAAACCUCAAAGUGUUUUAAUUAUAUAUUUUAUUUUGAAUUCCUCCACUUACUACAUUUUAAGUUUGUACAUUGUACGUUUAUCUGCUGAAAUUAUUUUGUACAUGAAUUCUUCUAUGUUAUUCUUUGGUCAAUUAUAAAAAGGGAAUUAAUUAAGGAUGGGAAGCUUGCAGAAUGUAAUUUAAGUAUUGCACCUGAUUGUAGUUUAUCUAUUUUGGGUUUUAAUUUCAGCCACGUAUGAAACUGGUCUGAAAAAAUAAAAAUAUGGAAACCUACAAAGUGAAAAAGCUGCUCAGGUUCCACAGAACUGCUCAGAAGAAGCCAAACCACGACACACAGCAGCUCCUCAGCGGUGCCUAAAUCUUUACUACUAUUUUACAAUAUUUAAUUUUUACUUACCUAUUUUUUGGUAGCAGGGACAUAAAGGACAUAAAGAAUUUCACUGCACAUUGUACCGUGUAUGAUUGUGUGUGUGACAAAUAAAUCUAUUUUCUAUCUUGUAUCUUGACAUGUACGCUUGAUUCCAGUCCUGAUGGAGGAAGAGACCCAAACAAUAACAAAAAGAGAUUAAAUCAAAAGAAACGCUAGAAAAGAAGCCCUCUUGAAUGCAGCCUCCAUUCCACAUCUGUUAAAGGUGUCGUUAGACAAAAUCAUGUGUCCAAAGCCCAACGUGACGGAGUCAUCGAUUGUCCUCAGCUGUUAGCGUAGCAUGGAAAGAGUGUUAACGAGUCAAACCACAGUGAGCUGAUAGAGUCGAGUCCUGUUCCAGUCACUUGUGUGCAUUCGUUAGUUUAUCUUUG